GUUCAUGCAUCUCACUAGUUAAAAGACUGGUUAUCCACUCCUUGUAAGGGUUCCUGCUACAUAAACUUGAAGUUGGUGUCCUCUCUCUCCCCUCCCUUCCACGUCCCUCCCUACAGCCUACCCUUCGCCCCUCAGAAUCCAUGUAAGGUGUCUUUCCCCAAAAGCGAUGACCAUGUUCUUCACAAGCUGUUCCUUAGUCCUGCUCAGGAAUCCCGGUUGCUCUCCCUUUGGCCUGAGAAGCUUCUCUCCUGCUGGCAGAGGCUAACUAACCUCUCUCAGAGUCUUGACCCCAAGUCCUCCUGGGAAACUUCGCUAGCUCCCUCCCCCACAUCCUCUGGUGUUUAUUGCAGUGUUGGAAGUUCCAAAGGCUUCUCUCUGUCCCUCAAGUCCAAAAUGCCUCUGAGAAUCUUCUUCAGUGUAGACCCCCACCGAGGCUGCCUCCUAUCUUUCUCCUUAGAGCUUGCCAUAGGCCCAGGCUAAACACUACAAAAAAGUGCCAGCUUACCACAUGACCCUGUGCCAUACCCAUCACCCCUGUCUGUGGCCCUGCCACCCAGGUCCAUACCCAAGGGCUCCCCAGCUUCGCCACACAUGACUCCUGAGGAGUAGGUAAGGCUCCUAUGAUGUAAGGCUCCACCCUACCUUACGUCUGAUUUCCUCCCGAGAGCCCACUGGCCCUGCCCCCAAUACACCCAAGCUAACUGCGCUGCAGCAGACAAAGCGUUGGCUUGCAGUGUGACCCUGUUCAGGAAGCCAUGAGAAGAGACGGCAGGGGCCCUCACCGACCUGUACGUUAGGCCUGGGGCCAAGGGCAUCCAUCUCACAGGGGUAGCUUGCAUGAAAAGGAUGCCCCUCUGUGUUGCUCUGGCCCGGCUUGUGGAGGUACCUCCUCAGCUAAUCUGCACGAGGAGUAUGGCGCCUUGCUUCUGAAGAGCUGCCAAGCUCUCAGAGCUGCCCACUGUGUGGGGCCUGUUAUCUAGACAAGUCCUGCAGGGGCUGAAAAGGACACAGCCAGCAAAGCAGAUGCAACAGCAUGGUGGCCGAGAGGGGGCAUGCUGGUGAGGUAGGCAGGAAGUCAGUUUGGACUGUCAGGAUCCAUUGAACUAGGACCAGCCAUGGCUCAGAGAGAAGAGAGACCCAGCUUGCCAUGAGCACAAGCCUCUCCCAGCAGCUGUGCGCCAAGGACUAGGCUGGGGGCCAGAGGUGGAAGUGUUCUGGGUGGAAAGAUGCUGUGAAGGGGACAGACAGAAAAGGGGAGGCCUCCUGCCAUGGUGAGAAACUUGGGGCCAGCCAGAGCCAGCUUCUUCUCCAGGAGUCAGCCAAUGAAGUGCCAAGCCAGAUCUGCUCCCUAGAGAUUCAUCAGGCUCUGGUAGGCUGUCCUGGAUAUUGUCAGAAGCUGAGGCCAUCCUGGACACUCUGAGAUCUGUGGUACCGGGUGAGAGGGCAGAGAGACUAAAUCUUCCCAAUUGCUGGAAAGAGGAUUUGCUGAAACGUGUGCCUAGGAAUACAGGAGUUUUCAGUGUCUGGACCCUGAAGAAGGAAAGAAAGACCUCGAAACAGCCUAUCUUUCCACAGUGGGCCAGCUCAGUACCAAAGGGCUCAGGGAAGCUGUGCAAGAAGGUCUUGAUGUCCCUUGUGAUCACUGAUAUUUGAGAUCCAGAAGUCUCCCCAUGGCUCCUUAUCACAUCCGCCAGUACCAGGAGAGGGACCACAAAAGGGUCCUGGAAUUGUUCUCCAGGGGCAUGGAGGAGCAUGUCCCUGCCAUCUUCCGCCGUAUGUUGACACUGCCCCAAACCCUCCUGCCCUUACUUGGGGUGCUCGUAACCAUAGCCCUGGUGUCCGGCUCCUGGCUCCUGGCCACAGUGUGCAGCUUCCUCGUGCUCCUUUGCCUGUGGCUCCUUAUCUGGCUUGUUUGCAGAGAUUAUGUGGCUACAUGUUUUCAUACAGACCUGGCUGACAUCACCAAGUCCUACCUGAAUGCACGUGGCUCCUUCUGGGUGGCUGAGUCUGGGGACCAGGUGGUGGGUAUAGUGGGUUGUCUGCCAGUCAAGGAUCCCCCAUCAGGGAGGAAGCAGCUGCAGCUCUUUCGCCUGUCUGUGUCCUCACAGCAUCGAGGACAGGGGAUAGCGAGAGCCCUGGUCAGAACUGUCCUCCAGUUUGCGCGGGACCAGGGCUACAGUGACGUGGUCCUUGAGACUAGCAUUGUGCAGUAUAGCGCGUUGGCUCUCUACCAGGCCAUGGGCUUCCAGAAGACAGAUGAGUACUUUGCCAGCAUAACCAUGAGGCUAAUGGCUCUCUCUAUCUUUCGCUUCACUUACUUUCUCCCUUUUGCCUGGGAACCAGGGAUGUGAUCAUUUUCUUUCUCUCUGAGGCUCCAGUUCGCUCUGCUGUAGGAACAAGCAAACCCUGGUAGUUUUCUGCUGCCCGGCACACGAGCUCAUUUUUCCUUCCUUUCCAAUCCAGCCUUGCUGGUGGUAAGGUGUGGGUGUUGGCAACCGGUCCCAUUCUGCCCUCUUCGAUCUUUCUAGUGCUGUGAUAAUACAGCGCAGCACCCAGCCUGAGCCGAUACGGCACGCAUUUCAUGUAUGAGUCUAUUAGUUGCAGCUAGGUGGUCGCAGAUGUUCCAGCAGUCCAGUCAAGAUGUAGGAUCUUUGCAGAGAGGCCAAAAUGAACACAGAAAGGAGCAAAGGUUUUCCUGGGACACCAAACUUGUCACUUAUGGGAAAAUGUAAGACUUGCAUAGAAGCGGAGCCUCCUCUGGUGGAGGCACAGCACAGUCAUGGGUCAGGGUGACCCUGUGAGAACCGGAGCAGUGAAGCAUUUAACUUACUCCUAAGCCACCUUUGUGCCAGGGGGUGGGGGCGGGUGGGGAGGGGGGAUGGGUGGCGGUGGGGGGUGACCUCUGGUGCAGUGAGAGACAUUUUGAAUGACCUCUCCUGGGUGUAGUGACCUGGUCUUAUUUGGUCCCGGUCUUGUGGAAAAUUACAACUAAAUGCUCCAAGCAUGGAGCAUUCUUGUGGAUCCAGGAGGAGGCUAUGGAAUCAAGAAGUGUCUUGAGCAAAAAAACAAAAAAAAAAACACA